UUUUUUUCAAGGUAUAUUCCCAAAUACGCGAGAUUGGGUGAGAUUGUGAAAACGGAUUUAGAAUCUGAUGAUUCGAACUUCUUGCUGGUGAAUAUCAGUAGGGUCAUCAAGCAUCCAAAAUUCGAUGAGAAUAAAAUUCUGAACGACAUCGGUCUCAUCGAGCUCGAAUCCAAGGUCAAGUUCAACGACUACAUCAAACCUGCAUGUCUGAACACGGAGAAUGCAAAACCGGAGGCGGACAGUUUCAUUGCGACUGGCUGGGGUAAAACCGAACACGUCUCGAAAUCAUCAUCUCUUUUGAAAGUCACAUUGGACGAGAUCGUCAGUGCAGAGUGCGCUAAAAUUUACAAAAACAAGGUCAAAAUCGACGUGGAAAAGCAUAUCUGCACAAAAUCUGAGAAAAAGGAUACUUGCUUGGGCGAUUCCGGUGGACCUCUGCAGAAACUCAAUCCCAAUUAUAUUUCCACUUACGAUAUCUAUGGAAUCAUAUCGUUUGGAGCAGUUAAAUGCGGCUCCGGUUUUCCAUCCGUCUCCACCAGAGUCUCUUACUACAUCGACUGGAUCGAAUCUAUUGUUUUCGCAAACGAUGCUAAGAAAUAAACAUCAUUUCUAUAUGUAAUCUUAAGUGAAGCGAACUUCUGUCGUAUUUACACAAAUAAACAUUAUCAUUCACGAAACAGUUUUGUAAAAAUUUGUGAGUUGUUAUGCGAGAAUAAAAAGUGGCUAAAGAAAUUUAACUAUUGAUAACCUGUUGAACGGAAAU